UUGCGUUUCGCGUUUUUUCGCUUAUCGGUUUGAAAACAGCUCCCGUGCACCUGAGUGACGCUCAGCCCGCAGCAGGAGGAGGAGUAGGAGGAGGAGCAGGGGGAGAGCGGGGCUCGUGUUUCACGCCGUGUGUUUGCGUGGAUUCGCUUCUGCGGACGCCGCUGUGCUGACCCAGUCUUCCUCCGGACUUCACGCGAGGACCUGUGGAUUCUUCACUUAAACUUUGUUCCACGCUGUCGUCUCUCUGGUCGUCUCUCAUUGAUCAGAUGUUUCCUGGAGGUACAGCUGCUUCUGCAGGCAGGACGCUGAGAGCUGGUGAGUGUCUGCUCAGGUUUCCUCUCACUCAUCUCCACAUCUGCUCAGAUGAAACAGGGAGGAUGUGAGGUCACACCCUGAGGACCAAACGUUUCUCCAGUUGCAUCAUCAGGAAUUUUGUUUUCCUUGGAGGACCGAGGAACUCAGAGAACUUUAAAGACUUCAAUGGGAGAAACCUGAAACUGCCACAAAGAAGGAAACUAUCCUAAAACCAGAACUAGGUGUUUGCUCUCUGGUGAAACUCUGAGAACCCCAUCUGAGGAAUUCAGGGAGACCCUGGAGGUCCUUCAGUACAUACUGAGAAGAAAGUGAGUGAAACUAACGACACACCUGAAUUAUCCUCCUGGAAGAACCUGCAGCAUGACCUCAGACAAACCUCAGUGAGUUGCCAGACUCAAAAGUUUUGAGGGAGGGAUGUGAAGAGAGCUUCUCAGACACUGAGCUGAAACUCUGAUUUAACCAGAGGAACUACAUGACAACCCAGGAGGCCUCUGAAGACGCUGAAAGGCUCUGAAUCUGAAGCUUCCUGAAGGUCUUUCAAAUUUUGUACGUGACCCCCGAGAAAUGCUGAAUGUGGCAGAAGAAACAAGUAAGUGCAGGUGUACCAAAGAUCCUGGGUGUAAGAAUAUUUAAGAGUUGCUGUAACUGGCUCAUAGACUAACACUUUGACCAAUCAGGAUGAGCACUUCAAGGAUCCUGAAGAUCCAUAAAAACAGGAAACUCUGAGGAGGAGGUGCUGUGCAGAAACAUGACUUUUGGAAGUCAAAACUUUUAGGUGCUCAAAAUCCUCAAAGACCCCAGAGGAUUCGAAGAGUCGAGUUCUUUAGGAGAAGAAGGUAUUCCAGUGGAACCUGGGGGCGUACCCCAGAUAGUUCAAAAGAACUCCUUGUGGAUCCCCUGAAGGACAGAUGGGGACCUUGCGGGACCUCCAGUAUGCCCUGCAGGAGAAGAUCGAGGAACUUCGGCAACGCGACGCCCUGAUAGACGAGCUGGAGCUGGAGCUGGACCAGAAGGACGAGCUGAUCCAGAGGCUGCAGAACGAGCUGGACAAGUACCGCUCGGUGAUCCGGCCCGCCACCGCCCAGCAGGUCCAGGCGCAGCAGCAGAGCCUCGUCCUGCAGCCGGACCAGCACCGCAGCAAGCGGCAGGCCAUCUCCGCCGAACCCACCGCCUGUGACAUCAGCGACCUGUGCCAUGUGACCCUGCCCUUCUACCCCAAGAGCCCAGAAUCGAAGGAGCUGAUAAAGGAGGCCAUCUUGGACAAUGACUUCAUGAAGAACCUGGAGCUGUCUCAGAUUCAGGAGAUCGUGGACUGCAUGUACCCGGUGGAUUAUGGGAAGGACUCGUGCAUCAUUAAAGAGGGUGACGUGGGCUCGCUGGUGUUUGUGAUGGAAGAGGGGAAGGUGGAGGUGACGAAGGAGGGGAUGAAGCUGUGCACGAUGGGACCGGGCAAAGUGUUCGGAGAGCUCGCCAUCCUCUACAACUGCACCAGGACGGCGACGGUGCAGACUCUGACCCAUGUGAAGCUGUGGGCCAUCGACCGGCAGUGCUUCCAGACCAUCAUGAUGAGAACCGGACUCAUCAAACACGCCGAGUACAUGGACUUCCUGAAGAGCGUUCCCACCUUCCAGAGUCUUCCCGAGGAAACUCUCAGCAAACUGGCGGAUGUCAUGGAGGAGACUCAUUAUUCAGAUGGAGAGUACAUCAUCAGACAGGGAGCCCGAGGAGACACCUUCUUCAUCAUCAGCAAAGGGAAGGUGAAUGUGACCCAGGGGGAUUCAGCCAGCCAGCAGCCUAUACACCUCAGGGAGCUCGUCAAGGGAGACUGGUUUGGAGAGAGAGCGCUACAGGGGGAGGAUGUCAGAACAGCCAACGUAGUUGCCACGGAGCCGGUCACCUGCCUGGUCAUCGACAGAGACUCAUUCAAGCAUCUGAUUGGUGGCCUGGACGACGUCUCCAAUAAAGGCUACGAGGACGCUGAACUCAAAGCCAAAUACGAGGCGGAGAAUGCCUUCUUCUCCAGUCUGAAGCUCACUGACUUCAACAUCAUCGACACGCUGGGAGUCGGAGGCUUCGGACGCGUCGAACUGGUGCAGCUGAAGAGCGACGAGGCAAAGACGUUCGCCAUGAAGAUCCUGAAGAAGCGUCACAUCGUGGACACGAGGCAGCAGGAGCACAUUCGCUCAGAGAAGCACAUCAUGACCGAGGCGCACUCGGACUUCAUCGUCAGGUUGUACCGCACCUUUAAAGACAGUAAAUAUCUGUACAUGCUGCUGGAAGCGUGUCUGGGCGGAGAGCUGUGGACCAUACUGAGAGACCGAGGCUCCUUUGAAGAUUCCACCACCAGGUUCUACACGGGCUGCGUGGUCGAAGCGUUCGCCUACCUGCACGCCAAAGGCAUUAUUUACAGAGACCUGAAACCCGAAAACCUCAUUCUGGACAGCCGAGGAUACGCCAAGCUGGUGGACUUUGGCUUUGCUAAGAAAAUCGGUUUUUGUAAGAAGACGUGGACGUUCUGCGGGACGCCGGAGUACGUCGCUCCAGAGAUCAUCCUCAACAAGGGUCAUGACGUCUCUGCUGACUACUGGUCUCUGGGUAUUCUGAUGUAUGAGCUGCUGACCGGCAGCCCUCCAUUUUCAGGUCCAGAUCCAAUGAAAACCUACAAUGUCAUCCUGAGAGGCAUCGACAUGAUCGAGUUUCCAAAGAAAAUCACCAAAAACGCUGCCAAUCUCAUCAAGAAGCUCUGCAGGGAUAGUCCUUCAGAGAGACUUGGAAACCUCAAAAAUGGAGUCAAAGACAUCCAGAAACACAAGUGGUUUGAAGGUUUUAACUGGGAGGGUCUGAGAAAAGGAACGCUGACUCCGCCCAUCACGCCCGAUGUCUCCUCUCCGAUUGAUACGAGCAACUUUGACAGUUUCCCCGAAGACACAGAUGAACCACCGCCAGAUGACAACUCUGGGUGGGACUAUGACUUCUAAAGUGGCAGCCAUCAGUCUACACCAACACCCAGAGCUUGACACUUUAUGAAGAAGACGAUGACUUCUCAGCGGGCCGAACAAAGGCUGCGUGGGCAUCUUGGUGAAAUAUCCUACCUGAAGUGAUUGUGUUGUUCUAAGCAUGGCUGUAAACUUCUAGAAGUCAAACACUGAGGAUUUGAGGACCUAGUGCACGGAAGUUCAUAAAGGGAAAUGGACUCCAGGCCCUUCCUUGGUCAAACUGGUCAAGCUGGUCUCUACUAACAGGAGGAACUUGGGACCACCAUUACACCUGAGAGCUGGAAGCUGAAGCAGUUCAGGCAUCAAACAAACUGCCUCUUAACAUCACACGUUUGUUCUUUUUUCAUAUUAAGACAAUGCAGGAUGAUUUCUCGAGGCACUCAGGGCAAGAAGUCAGUCCCACAAACAUCUUUUGCUUUGAUGGUGAUUUUCAGCAAAUAGUUAAAAGCAUGUUUUUAACUUUUACAACAGAAAUGAUGUCAGAUUUUAGAAACCUGUCAGGACCCUGGGAGUUUAACGGUACAGCUACAGAAAAGGAUCUACAGCAUAGAAAAAGUCCUUUCAGUGAUGCCUCUGAAUAUCUCAUGAACCCAAAGAAGCCUGAUUCCUUGUUUGGCUACAGACGGACUUUGGGCAUGUCCCUCCAACAGAAGUCAAUGACCUGCGUAGCUCUAUCUUCAUGUGCUGUUUACUGCUGCAAGAUUUUCUGUCCCAUAUAUUGCUGCAAAACAAUUCUUUUUCAGCCCUCUGAAAUCAGGAAAUGAGUUUUUAAAAUGUUUGAUUAACACAUAGACAAUUCCUCUUUACAUUAACCGGCUGCUCCUAUAGAGCAGUCAAGACUGUGCAGCAAAAUAACUUCAUCCACACAAUACAGAAGAAAUAACCGGAUGUUCCUAAGAGACAAAAAUGAUAAUAUUUUGCGACAACUUGGGGUAUCCUCACCCGUCUUGAGUUAAUGACACACCACAGGCCUUUUUGGAUCCUCAUUCAACCGACACGUUUCACAGGAAGUAAUGUUUACCAUAAAUCUGAUGUCUGCUUUCAUCAAAGAUACCUGACAUCUUGACAGUUCAACAAAAUCAUCCCAAAGUGUUUCUGGGAGUAAUGAACAAGGCUAGAUUACCAACCUACCAAAGUGGGGAACUUCUCCAAGGCCCCAGAUCCUCCGUGGUUCCACAGACCGAAGGAGUUCUUUAUGAUAAUUACUUUUAGUAACUUCACCACAAGGUUAUCUGAAAGCAAAGACCAGUUAAAACCUGUGAGGACUUAAACCAAAAGCCCUCCUGCAUACUUCCCCCUGUGACGGCAUCACAGAAUCCAAGAACAACGUCAAAUCAUCCUUCCCAUACUUCCUGAAGACAUUGAAGGCAUCGUAGUCCUGCUUUGUGCAGCAAGUGGAAAACUUGUGCUUCUCUCAAGUGGCCUUGAUAACUGACAGUUGAACUUUGACCCCCUCAGAGGGAGCUCAUUCUCCUACUGCUUGCUGUUUGAUUAGGUGGUAGAUUUGGAAGUUUCUGGAGACCCUCUGUGGCACGAUGAACCGCACCGAGUGAAAUAAAGACAAACUGAGACCGAACACACAAACCUGAGGUCACCACGAUGCCUUCACUUCCUGUUUCAUUUUCUGGAACUUCAGAUCCAAAGACGGAUAGAAAGAAAACAAUGCUGGGCGUAGUAGCGAUCUUCAUCCCCAAAGAAUGACGGGGCUGUGAUGCAAACAUUUCUUCUUUAAGCUUUCCUUUCUGUCAUUCUUUAUAUUGUGAGUCUUUGAAUUGCUGCAUGAGAACUGAUGUUUUGAACAAUUUUCCAAGACUUCCUCCAUGUUUUUUGGACAUGAAUGAGACAGCAUGCUUUGAUUUCUUCUGAGCUGUUGCUCUGAAGACGUUUAAAUUGUGCAGGUUUCAGGAGUGUUUCCAUUUUUCUGCAAUGCAUCAAAACCGUUUUGUUCAGAACACGUUAGGAUGAUGUGUCCAAGACUUGGCCGUGGAAAGGUGGAGGAAAAAUAGAAUCCAUUGCGUCUGCAUGCUGACAGUAACUCCGUCACAAAGUGGACCUCUAGUAUUGUUGAGUUGAUGAGUCUGCAGUUUGUUUGCUUCCAAACAUGAGAUGAAAAGAUCAAAUUUGCAGUAAUUUAAAUUUGUACUGAUGAUGUAUUUUUGUGGCCUUUUGUAAAAGCAGCUAACAGUCUCAGUUUGUUAUGAAGUCUUUAUCUUCAGCAGUCGGAUUUCGCUGUGGUUUUUCUGUAGAAUGAUCAGUGAUGUGACGUCUGUGAGCUCUGCAUGACAACAACAGUAUGUUCAGUUUUCACCACCAGAGGGCAGCACACAGUCAGACUUCCACAAAGUAGCCUGUGCCGUGCUUUUCCAGCAAAUAUUCCAGUGGAAAAACAUGAAGGUGGGAGUCCAGUGAGGGAUGGAGUCCUCACUGAUGGUUUCUGGGAUGUGGAGAACACCACCUACGAGCCUCACUAAUUAUCAGUAAUUCCUAUUAUAUCUGAGUAGUUUGAAGUGGAGGAGGACUUCGUAGUCUAAAAACCUCGAACUAGAAUUUUCAAUCACAGGUCAUACUUUACUCAAAAAUGAGAAAUACCUGUUUCCUCUGACUGACUGGCUCCAUCUGCUGGACAGAGCUAAAAUACUCCUGAUGGGGACAAUCAGAGUCAGACGACAAUAAAAUGCACAAAAUAAAUAAGACACGUAUUUGGACCAGAAGGAGAAAUAUUCAUGUUUGUAUCGAAGUCAUGAUGCUUUGUGUUUGUGUGAUGAAGCUCAAGUGUCAUUGGUUUAUUUGUAUAUACUGGGGAUAUUGUGUUUUGAGGAUGUUUUCAGCUGUUUGUUAUUAUUAUUAUUAUUAUUAUUAUUAUUAUUAUUAUUAUUAUUAUCUUUGCUACAGUGGCUGUUGCAGUAGCUGAAGAAGCCUUCUGACUCUUUCCGUCAGUGGAAAAAGCUUUAU